AUGGUGUACGAAAGCGACUUCUAUACAACCCGCCGCCCCUAUCGGCCAUCCAGCUACAGCGUAACGACGCCGCGGCACUACGUGGUGGUGGACCGGGAGCCGCUGUCGCGCCGCGCCGAAGAGCAGUACUCGUACUCAUAUUCGAGCAACAGCGAGCGCUCGACGGGCAGCGGGCUGCCGCAGCGCAGCUCGUACAGCAGCACGGUGGAGCGGCGCACAGGCAGCGGCCCCGGCGGCUACAACUACAGCAGCGAGCGCUCCAGCAGCCUGGGCGGCCCCGGCGGCUACUCCUACUCGUCCACAACCAGCGGCCGCCUGCCCUACGGCACCACAUACCGCCACUACUCUUACCGCGUGUAG